GGCACCAUCAUCUCUGCAAUUAACGUUACUUCUUUCUUCAGAAGUUAAAUCAAAGAAGAAAGAAUAAAACUUUAUCUUCCAUCUUCGUCUUCAACAGAGAAAGAGAGAAGAUGCUUCCACGUCAAAACCGUUCACCACCGUCUCCUCCAGACUCAAAGUCUCUGUCUUUGAGCGUUUCCUUCAAAGGGUGGAGGCUCCCGAACACAAAGUUCAAGUCUUGGGCCAUCAAAAUGUCUUCUCUACACAAACCCACAUGGAUACAAGCCGGGAUUUUCGAAGCAGUAAUGGCCUCUACCAAAGCAUUCACCAAAGACACAGAUCUCCUUCUAUGCCUCGCCGAGAGAUGGUGUCCAGACACCAACACUUUCGUCUUCCCUUGGGGCGAAGCAACCGUAACACUCGAAGACGUUUUGAUGCUCCUAGGCUUCUCUGUUCUUGGCUCACCUGUUUUCACCGCUCUCGAUGGUUCAGGAGAGAGGGUCAAGGAGGAGCUCGUGAAAGAGAGUCUUAAGAUCAAGAAAGAUAACAGCUUUGUGUUUGUGAGUCAACUAGAAUGGAUGAGGAGAUUCAUGAACAGUGGUGAUGAUGAUGAUGAGCUUGAGCAUGUUGCUUUCCUUGCGUUGUGGUUAAGUUACUUUGUGUUUCCGUCUGGUUAUUAUCAUGUAGAUGAAUCUGUUUUCUCGGUUGCUGUUCAUGUAGCAAGAGGCACUAGGAUUUCUCUUGCUCCUGCUGUUCUUGCUCACCUCUACGCGGAGCUUACUAUCUUGAAACAACACAUUAGAGAGUUCACGGUAGAGGACAAGAUUGAACUGAAGGCAUUGUUUAAGUUGGUUCAGGUUUGGACGUGGGAGAGGUUCAAGGAGCUGCAACCGGGAAGGCCUAACCAGGUGCUGCUCAGAGGUGAGCCAAGAUUGAGUAUUUGGUAUGAUGAUGAUUCGAGGGAAAAGAGGAGUAGCAAUAAUGUGAGGGAGGCUCUUGAGAAGUCGAAAGUGGAGAGCUUUGAGUGGCGUCCUUACACGAAAGCUUUGGAGAACUGGAGGUUUCCUCUGUUUUACCCUGAGGAUGCAAUGUGGGUUCCUGUUGAUGCUGAUCUUGACGAUGAGUUCAUCACUUUUGCUCGGUGCGUCAAGGUGUCUAAGCUCGUUGGGAUUGAUUGUGUGGAGGACUACUUUCCCAAUAGAGUGGCUGCACAGUUCGGUUUGCUUCAGGAUGUUGUUACUUGUCAUGUGGAGAGGAAGAGCCUCUCGAAAGAAGCAGCUUGGGAUGAGUACAACAAGCCUCUUGAUGAGUUGACAUUGUACAUCCCUGCUCGUUGUGCAAUACCUUGGUGGAAGAAGUCGUCUUCUGAGUGGUGGAAGAAGUUUUCUCUUAAGGAGAAUCAAGCUGUUGAAUCUUUGACACCAAGAAACAUCAUAGGUGAUGAUGAUGAUGAUACAUCUGAUUCUGUUCCUUCAGGUUGUAAGAGAUGGAAGUCAAUGAAGCAACUUUAUGAGGAUGAUGAAGAUGAUAGACUCACCAUUGGUCAAGUAAUGAGACUUGGAAAGAAGAAUAUAGCUACGUGCUCAUCUGAUGAAAACUACUCUUCAGAUUCUCCAAGGGUACUGCUAUUAAGUGAAGUGCUUAAAAAGUUGGGAGAUGGGUUUCCUGAAAAACUCAAAAGAUCUAGAACAAGGAGAAAUGUGAGGUCAGAGAUAAAGAAAGGAGAUUGUGAAGGAUUAGCUGCUUCAAGAGAAGUGUCACUUGUUGACUUGUUUGACAAGGAACUAGUGAAGAGGAAGAGUGAGUAUUUGGGAAAGAAGCGAGCUCUUGAGGAUGAUAAUGAGAGUGGUAUGGAUUGUUAUGAUAACGUUACCAAUGCUGAGAAGAUGAGAGUUGAAACUUUUGUAGCACCACGAGAAAUCAAGCAAAAGAGGGAAGAAACAGAAGAAACCAGAAGCAAAGCAGGUGAGAACAACUCCCUAGAUCCUCCUCUCUUGGAAACUGUAGUGUCACCACCAGAGACUAGGAAAAACUGUGAUGAUGAGGUUGAUAUAACUGGAAUCAGUGGUGAGAAGAAGACUAUGGUUGGUGAUGGAACCAAGGAAACAAAGUGUUUGCUCCAUGAAGAUGGAGAUAAGCAGAAUAAGAUGGAAGAUGAUGAACGAUUGAAGCAAAGAAACAAUGCAAUAGAGGAGGUAGCAUUAACACUAGAGGCACGUAUGAUGAAGGUAGAGAAGACUUUGGCAAAGAUUAGAGAAUGGAAAACCAUAGAAAUAAAGGGGGCCAAAUAUGGAGUUUCUGCUUAGAAACAUACACAAUAAUGUUUAAGCAAAAAAACAAAAAAAAAAACAAAACGC